AUGAAAGUUGUAGUUCUUGGUGCUGGCUGUGAGGUCGGUCGAUCCUGCGUGAUUCUAGAACACGAGGGAAAACAAGUUAUGUUUGAUUGUGGGCUUCAUCCUGCCCUUUCAGGCGUAGGAGCUCUACCAGUUUUUGAAGCAAUAUCGAUUGAAAAGGUCAAUUUGUGUCUAGUUACCCAUUUCCAUCUGGAUCAUUGUGGAGCCGUACCAUAUCUUGUUGGUAAAACCAGUUUUAAGGGCACUAUAGUGAUGACUGAGCCUACUCGUGUGAUUUGCAGGCUAAUGUGGGCAGAUUAUGAGAAAAUGGGCAAAACACUCCAGGGUCAAACUAAGAUUGGAGAAGAGGGAUAUGCAAUGGAUGAAUUGAUCACUGGCAGCGGCCUAUUCAAUUCAGAAGAUGUUAAAAAGGCAUUCGAAAUGAUACGAACCAUAGACUUUCAUGAGGAGAUUGAAAUUGAUGGCAUAAAACUCACUUGUUAUGGUGCUGGCCACGUUCUUGGUGCAUGCAUGUUUAUGGUGGAAAUAGGGGGUAUAAGGGUGUUAUAUACUGGUGAUUACUCUAGCGAGCAGGAUAGACAUGUACCUAAGGCAGAGAUACCUCCAAUAGAUGUGCAUUUGUUGAUUUGUGAGAGCACAUAUGGCACUCGUAUACAUGACGAGAGGACGCAACGGGAAACUCGUUUAAUCAGAAGCAUAUUAAAUGCAGUCGAUAAUGGGGGAAAGUGUUUAUUACCUGUUUUUGCAUUAGGCCGUGCUCAAGAAAUCUUGUUAAUUUUGGAAGAAUACUGGAAGGCCAAUAGGAGAUUGCAUAGAGUACCUAUUUUUUACAUUAGCCCAUUGUCAUCUAAGGCAUUAAAGGUUUACGAGACGUUUAUAGGCGUUUGCGGCGAGCAUAUCAAGAGGCGUGUGCAACAAGGAGAGAAUCCAUACCAUUUCACCCACAUCAAAUACGCGCCAACUGUGGAUUCGGUUAGGAGUCAUCUUUUAAGGGAUGCGCCAUGUGUAAUUAUGACAUCUCCUGGAAUGCUUCAAGGGGGUCCAUCAAGAGAUGUAUUUGAAAUAAUAGCUCCGGACAAUCGAAACGGUGUAAUACUUACGGGUUAUACUGUCAAAGGGACUUUGGCGGAUGAGUUAAAGAAGGAGCCGGAUGUCAUCAAAUUGGAAGACAAUAUAAUCAAGAGACGUUGUUUCAUUGAGCAAAUCAGUUUCAGCGCACAUGCGGAUUAUAAUCAGACUAGGGAUUUUAUAGACAAUUUGCAGGUGCCAAAUGUCUUACUAGUACACGGGGAAAGGAAGGAGAUGAAGAGAUUGCAUGAUAAAUUGUUGGAAGAUAGACCUAAUCUAUCAGUUUUUAUGCCUGAAAUUCUCCAAUCAGUAACAUUCAAUUUCAAGAGAGAAUCUAGGCUAUUGGCAGUCGGAAAAUUGGCCAAGGAAUUACCAGCCCUAUGUGAAGAAGGCAAAACAGUGGAAGCUACCGUUCUGUGUUCAGGAGAUAUAAAAAGGGUUAUGUACAAGAGUGAAUUGCCAGAAUAUUUUAGUGACACUUGUUUUGUAGAGGAAGAAUUAUCCGUAGAAUUUCCCUACUCAAUGGCACAGCUUAGGUCUUCAUUGGAUACGAUAUUUGAGAGUUUGGAAGAUCUGAAUAUUGAUGGAACUGAAUGUUUGAUUAUUUGCGAAAGGGUGAAGGCGACUAUUAUCGAUAACACGCUAAAAUUGACAUUUAAAUCAAAUCCUCUAUCUGAUAUGAUCGCCGACGUUACCACAAUCGCAGCCAUGGGUAUAAACAGGCUGACACGGCCCUCAUUAGACAGUAGGAUUGACUAUGACAAAUUCUUCAAAACCGUAUUAAUCUACCUCUCCGAAAUGUUUGGCACCCUCUACACCAUUGAUGAGAAAUUUAUCGACCCAAACAGCUACAUUGAAAGUAUCGCAGUCAAAAAAGACUACUGGUUUACUAUAGACACCAAUUCGUUACCCGACCCUAAAUCGUUGAUAAUUGUGGAAAUCACCGACAUAGCAUCUGGGACCUCUAUCAUAUGCGCCAUAAACAUAUCAGAUCGUAAGGUAAUUUGCGACGAUUUGGAGACUAAAGAUCGCAUUUUGGGUGUUUUGAAGCGUGUUCAAAUGGCACUACUACCUGUGUCUCUCUAG